CCCCUCUCCCUUCUCUUUUCUGCAGUAAACACCUACCUCUUCAUGAUGCAAGCUCAAGGCAUUCUGAUCCGGGACAACAUGAGGACAAUAGGUGCUCAGGUUUAUGAGCAGGUGGUUCGAAGCGCUUAUGCCAAGAGGAAUAGCAGCGUAAAUGACUCAGAUUAUCUUCUUGACUUGAACCACAGCGAAACCUUCCUGCAAACCACAACUUUUCUUCCUGAAGACUUCACCUACUUUGCAAAUCAUACCUGUCCUGAAAGGCUCCCUUCCAUGAAGGGCCCAAUAGACAUAAACAUGAGUGAAAUCGGAAUGGAUACCAUUCAUGAAGUCUUCUCCAAAGACCCAGCCAUCAAGCUUGGAGGUCACUGGAUGCCUUCCGAUUGCGUGCCCCGAUGGAAGGUGGCAAUCCUUAUCCCGUUCCGGAACCGCCACGAGCACCUCCCAGUCCUGCUCAGACACCUGAUUCCCAUGCUUCAGCGCCAGCGCCUGCGGUUUGCAUUUUAUGUAAUCGAGCAAGUUGGCACCCAACCCUUUAAUCGAGCCAUGCUUUUUAAUGUCGGUUUUCAAGAAGCAAUGAAGGAUUUGGACUGGGACUGUCUUAUUUUUCAUGACGUGGAUCACAUACCAGAAAGUGAUCGUAACUACUAUGGAUGUGGACAAAUGCCACGGCAUUUUGCAACUAAAUUGGAUAAGUAUAUGUAUCUGCUUCCUUAUACUGAGUUCUUCGGUGGAGUGAGCGGCUUAACAGUGGAACAGUUUCGGAAAAUCAAUGGCUUUCCUAAUGCUUUCUGGGGUUGGGGUGGAGAAGACGACGACCUGUGGAACAGAGUACAGAAUGCAGGCUAUUCUGUGAGCCGGCCAGAAGGUGACACAGGGAAGUACAAGUCCAUUCCUCAUCACCAUCGAGGAGAAGUCCAAUUUCUAGGAAGGUAUGCUCUGCUGAGAAGGUCCAAAGAGCGGCAAGGGCUGGAUGGCCUCAACAACUUGAACUACUUUGCAAACAUCACAUACGACGCCUUGUAUAAAAACAUUACUGUCAACUUGACACCUGAGCUGGCUCAGGUGACCGAGUACUGAGGCGAGGAGGGAGUGUAUGUUUGCUUUACCCACCACCACCAAGAAAGCGGCCUGAUGAGAUGUCCUGGGGCUCCACACAGGAAGAGAAUUAGAAAGACGGUGUCUAAUGAAGGAUCACAGGGUUCAAGGAAAAAUGUGAACAGAGUACACGCACAAAAUGCCUUCACUGUUGGACCCGCUGGGAUUGAGGGAGUAAGCUCGGGAACUUCUUUCAUCAGGACUAGCUUUCUAUUUCCACAAGACAGACGUCUGUCCUGCUGCUCUUCUCCCUGUCUCCUACCCCGACGUCCAUCGUAGCCACAAUCUCCGGAAGCGGAACUGUGAUCCGCCGUGGGCCUGCCCCAGAGCCUGUCCUACGAAUGGCCUUUGGAGCUUCUUGGCCUUCAGAGCAAAGAGGCAAACCCACCACCGGGCAGCUGUUUUUGGAAGAGCAAAUGAAACUCCACACACCAUUCUUCAUCUCUGGUGUUCUCUUUGGUUUCAUUUUUUAAAAAAUUACCUGCUUUGGGUGGGGAUUGAGGGCGGGAAGGGAGGGAUGGGGAAGAUAAAUAGACAUGUAACAAUCACUUCUUGAAGAAGUAUAACUGUAAAUAAGCCAUGUAAAAUGCCUUUUUAAAAUUUAAUUUUAUAGCUGGCUUCAAUUCAAACUGGGGAUUUAUAUUAUUAGAUCACUUAUUUGGUUGGCAGAUGCAGGACCUCAGUUAAAAUGCAGUGGAAGAAUAUAUCUCCCAAAUUGCUGUCAUUUUGGAAGGGAGUGGAUGUAGGGCAUGUCACAAAAGAACAAAAUAGUUGAAUCUUUGUCACUGGCAACUACUUUUGGCCCCGCCCAUUCCCUACUCCCAAGGUCUUGCUCUUGGCUUCCGCUCUGGAUUCUCUCCCCUGCUGGGCACAGACAUGCUCCUGCCAAUCUUUUGCUAAACAGGAGGUUGCUGUUUUACAGCAGCCUGCUCCCUGCUCAUAGCAAGCCCCUCAGGGGCGCUCAUGGGCACGCACCCACGGGCCCCUGCGUUUUGUUUUGUCCUUUCAUCACCGUGAGAGAGAUGAGUGGUAUCCUUUCUUCUCUCUCUCAAAGUUUUUUUUCUCUUGUGGAACAUGGUCACAAAUUCUGAAAUCUGUGCCUAAAUCACCAAUGAGCUUCAAUGAUUCU